AUGGAGGAUGUUCAACAAAAAUUUUCAGAUUUAGCAGAAGAUGAUUUUGAAGAAGAAGAAAAAAUUGUAAAAGCUACAGAAAUUUUAGGUGGAACAGUUGAAAGAAUUAAUUUAAAUAAUAAUGAAAUGGCAUUUGAUGAAGAGAUUGUGAUAGAAGAUGAUGAACAAUCACUACCAAAUAAUGCUACUAGAAAAAUUAGAAUUAAUGAACCC